UAAUAAACUCGUCGUGAAUUUCUAUGGAGCCAUUGUAAAGAAAUUGGAUUGGAUUGGACAUCGGCGACGUUCGCCAUAAUUUUUAUAUGUUAUUUUUACAAUCUUAAUGCUGGCGAAAUCCUAAAAAGAGCACCGCCUAUAAGCAAAAAGAAGUUUUGAAUCAUUUACAUGUUUUACAUUUUUCUAUAGUAAAUGUUUUUAUUUUAUUUUGUUUGAUAUAAUAUUUUUGUCCUCGAUUUAAGGACAGCCGUACCUUUGAUAAAUCCUACUCUACAUCUACACAUUAAUCUACAUAUAAACGGAAAUAAUCCAGUACCUUGAAAGCGAAGUGCACUGUAAAUUGGCUAGAUGUCUAAAACAGAGAAUUAACAAUGAUUAAAAUUCGAUUUAUCUUAUUUACUCUUCUCAAAAUUUUUCAUAAAAAAAUGUUAUCACACAAGCUAACAACACUGUCCCUUUUGUUACUAUUGUUUUUUCUUACUCAAUAUUUGCCGUUAAAAAUGAAAGUUAACAAGAAUAAUAUCCCGAAAAACAAAAGAUUGUUAAUGAAGAAAUUCCACGAAAUUAAUAUACAAUCAAGGAUACAAACAGAAAAGGGUACAGGAUGUGAAAUGCCGAAGACCAAUCCUUUCGCUAAAGAAAUCAUGAAGUUCAUUCCGCCUACACCGAAAAUUACAUGUGCAAUGAAAGACUGGGUAACUUGUAUAGGCUCUCAAUGCUAUGUCGUCAAUGAUAUAUUAGAAAAUAUGCCAAAUGUAGAAUGCCACUAUAGCGACAUUAUGUACGUGAACGAUGAUGAGUACUUCGUCGAAGUACCUGUAAUACUAAAAGGCAAAGAACGGUAUACCUUGAGAUAUUCAGAUCACGUAAAAAUAUAUUGCACUAUGGACAACCGUUUCCCAUUCUCCAUAUGGUCUCCGAAAUGGUACGGCAUCAAAACGGGUUUCCGAGAAAUCGGAAUCAAUGUUCCACCUGGUCGAGAGGAUUCGCCAAAUAUAUUAGUAGUUGCCUUCGAUUCUGUUUCACAUAACCAAUUUCUUCGCCGGAUGCCGCUUGCUUACAAUUUUCUCACUAAAAAACUCAACGCCACAGUACUCAAUAGUUAUAAUAUAGUUGGAGAUGGUACCAACGCUGCUUUGUUUCCCAUACUGACAGGCAAAACUGAACUUGAAUUGCCAGACACACGGAAAGGAACCAGUAACAAUGUUAAAGUAAACCCCAGUGAUUUCCUAUUCUUCAAAUUAAGGGAAGAUGGUUAUCACACAGCCUACUUCGAAGAUUUGCCAAAAAUUGGUACCUUUCAACUACGUUAUAAUGGUUUCAAGUAUCAACCAGCAGACCAUUAUUUAAGAGCUUUUUUUAUAGAAGCUUAUAAAAUGGCACCAGAUUGCAUAUAUUGUAUAGGCGCUACGCCUAAAUAUGAUCUAAUGCUGAAUCUUACGCAUCAGUUUGCCAUGGCAGAAGGUAAACGAUUUGGGUUCACUUUCAUUUCGGACAUUACUCACGAUGGCGAUUACCUUAAAACAGCAGAGGAUGAAAUGGUACACCUUCUGAAAUCCUUUGACGAUGGUGGGCUUUUAGAAAAUACUAUGCUCAUCGUAAUGGCUGACCACGGAAGUAGGUACGAACGUUUGCGUAUGACAUAUCAGGGUAAAAUUGAAGAACGACUGCCAUUUAUGGCCAUAGUUUUGCCAGAGAGAUUCAAAAGAAAUAGACCCAGCGCUGAGAAGUCUUUGAGGGCUAACACGAACGUUUUAACGACACCGUUCGAUAUACAUACGACCAUUUUAGACAUUGUCGGCCUUCAGCACUUUCGCAAUGACUACAAGGUGCAUGGUUCUGAUCUGCCGCGAAGCAUGAGUUUAUUGGAACCAAUACCAGCUUCUCGUUCCUGUGCUGAAGCGGAUGUGAUGGCUCAUUGGUGCGCUUGCUUAAAUUGGGAGAACGUAUCGCGUAGUGAUCCUGCUUACAAUAGAGCAGCCUAUGCAUUGGCUACCUUUAUCAACGGUCUUAUAGCCGGGAACACUAAAUGUAUUCAAAGAAUGCUCACUUCUAUAGAAUGGGUUAUGCACCAAAGUCUACCUCGUCCAGCUCUUGAAUACGCAAAUAACGGAGCAACGGUUAAAUCUGCAGUUGAAACUUAUCAGGUUAAGAUAGUAAUGAGUCCAGGAAGUGCUGUAUUUGAAGCUACAAUGACAUUUGUGAGACGUCUGCACCGAUUUUUAAUAACAGAAGACGAUAUAUCUCGCGUAAGCGCUUACGGCGAUGAACCAAGUUGCAUCAUGGACACUCAUCCGCAUUUAUUGAAAUUUUGUUACUGUAAAUAUUUCCACAUUUAG